AGCAAAGGUUUAGUUCCAGUGAUUGUAUAUACAGUGUUGGGGUAAAGGGACUCCAGAAGGCAGACAAGGCUCGACUCCAGACUCUAGUUGAAGUAACAGAAGAGAGAGGAGUGUCCAGUGUUUAGUUGACUCCAGACUCUAGCGAAGCAGAAGGGAGAGGAGUGACGUUGUCGACUCCAGACUCUAGCGUAGCAGAAGGGAGAGGAGUGACGUUGUUUUAGUGAUCCCACAGAUUCCAGUCGACAGAUACUAUCUGUGUUCUGUGACGUGGAAAGAGUGGGUUUUUAUUAUAGUUAUCAGUUCCAGUUUAGUUGAAGUCCUCAUCAUUCAGAAGUACCUCAUUUAUAGUAAGAAGAACAUCAUCAUCAGGAGUAGUAGUUUUAAUUUAAUAGUAGUUUAAUCUAAUAGUAAAAAGACAUUAUUUAGUUUAGUAUUGAUUUGUGUAUUAGUUAUAGCAGUGUGAGUAGCUGAGUCACACCAAUCACAUUUCAAUCACUCAUUCACUAUUUGAGGGUGAGUACAUAGAGUAACAAGGUUACAUUUGAAACACCAUUUAUUUGUAUAACCUCUUUAUUCAUCUAAUUUGUAUUUAUAAUAAUUGAGUAUUGUCGUGAGAUUUAUUAUUACUAAUAUGUACUAUUUACAGGAUGUUUAAUAUUUAAUGUAACUCUGUUAACAACUGUCUCAUUUGGUAACUCUCGACACACAACACUUUAAACAUCCUCAACUAAACAAAAGUAUGGAUAAAGUACUGAGACCGGAUAGACUAGAACUGGACCUAGCUACAUCAACUCAAGGAGGAAACGCAAACAAAUACACACAUUGGAGCACUACGAUGGACAACUUCAUCGAGACACUGAAAGAAACCGUAACUAGUGACGAAGAUAAAUACAAGGUUUUAAUAAACUUUAUUAGCCCUGAUAUCUUCCUGCACAUAUCGGGGCUAACUAAAUACACUGAAGCCAGCACCCUCUUACAGGCUCUAUUCGUAAAGACGAAAAACCCAAACUAUGCUCGUCACUGCCUGGCCAUGAGAACCCAGAAGGAAGGAGAAUCCAUCGAAUUAUACUUACUGGCACUAGAAAAACUAGCUAAAGAGUGUGACUUCAAGGAGGUAACUGCUGCAGCGCACCAAGAGGAAUGUAUCAGAACGGCAUUCAUAUCAGGAUUGAGCUCACAUCAGAUCCGCCAACGGCUACUUGAGGAUACUAAAUCCUUAUCUGACACAACUAAGGCAGCUACCACACUUGAGCAAGCCCUCAGGGAGAGUAAGCACUACAAUCACCGGGCUUCUGACGAAGGUCACUUAGCGGCAACCGAUUCAUGCUCUGUUGGUCAAGAGUCUAUCUCUCAUGUUGCAGCUGUUCAGGGCCGUGCCCAAUUCCAAUCACAAAAAGGAGGAGACAAACACUGCGGUUACUGCGGCUACAGCCCUCACGACCGAAAAGUUUGUCCUGCAAGAGAUGCACCCUGCCACAACUGUGACAGACGGGGCCACUUCAGCAGUGUUUGCCGACAACGCAAGAGAAAUCCUGACAAACGCUCUGCAGCCAUGCACCGGCCUGCUAACGAUGAUCACGUACCUGCUGAGAUGGACGCCUAUACUCCCUUCCUCGCUGCUACCUCGUCGACUCCUUACCCCUCAUCCCUCUCCCACUCCGUAGUAAACGUCAAGGUAAAUGACCAUUUCAAUGGCUAUCUCCUAAUUGACACAGGAAGCUCCGAAAGCUUCAUUUCUAAAAGUUUUGCUUCUAAAUUAGGCGUUAAACUUUCAAACUGUAAUAAUUCAAUAACAUUAGCAUCAGAAAAUCAUGUGAGUAGAACUGUGGGUGCCUGUCAUGUUGAUAUAAACUUAAAUGAACAUUCCCUCUGUAACGUGCGCCUCAUGGUUCUUGAACAGUUGUGUUGCGAUAUCAUACUGGGUUUGGACAUUUUGAAGGAACACGAGCGCCUGGUACUUUCAUUUAGUGGUCACAAAGCACCCAUCGAACUCACCAGUCCCUUUUCUCCGUCAAUUUCCUGCUCACUGGCUAAAGCAGAUAUCGAGCCCCCAUCUUUGUUCGCCAAUCUCGAGGGUAAUCUCCGUCCUAUUGCCUGCGGUUCUCGCAAGUUUUCCGAUCAAGAGUCAUUUUUCAUUAAACAAACCAUUGAUAGCCUACUUGAAAGUGACAUAAUCAGGCCAAGCAAGAGCCCAUGGAGGGCUCAGGUUCUAGUUACUGGCCUCAACAAGCCGAACACAAAACCGAGGAUGGUUGUAGACUACUCUCGCACGAUAAACAAAUUCACACUACUGGACGCAUAUCCAUUACCAAACAUGGAGAGGGUUGUAUCUAGCAUUGCAAAGUACUCAAUCUACAGCACCUUUGACCUUAAGUCUGCGUAUUAUCAAAUACCAAUAAUGGAAAACGAAAAGUCUUAUACCGCAUUCGAAGCCGCCGGAAGGUUAUUUGAGUUCAACGUCAUCCCCUUUGGUGUUAAAAAUGGGGUAGCAGCCUUCCAGAGAGUCAUUGACCAAAUCAUAGAACAGGAGAAGCUCGAGGGGACUUUCGCCUAUCUUGACAAUAUUACGGUGGCGGGUGAGUCACAAGAAGAACAUGACGAGAAUGUGAAGAAGUUUCUAGACAUUGUAGAGAAAUAUAGUCUAACCCUCAACAAGGAGAAAACAGCGGGGCCUACUACCUUUAUUAAUAUCCUAGGCUACUUGGUCUCAAAAGGUCAGAUGAGACCUGAUCCAGACCGCAUGGAGCCCUUACUUAAACUGCCAUUGCCUAAGGACCCUGCUUCCUUGCAGAGAGCUCUCGGUUUGUUUUCAUACUACUCACGGUGGGUAGAAAAGUACUCAGAUAUGGUCCAGCCACUCAUUAAGGAACCCUCAUUUCCACUGUCAGAGACUUGUAAUACUGCUUUCGAGAGUAUUAAAUCAAAAAUCGCAAGUUCAUGUAUCGUGUGUCCCAAUGAUCGUGAUAAUCUCGUCCUUGAAUCAGAUGCUUCUGAGUUUGCCCUUUCCGCUAGUCUUAACCAAGGUGGUAAGCCUGUUGCAUUUUUCUCUAGGACCCUAAAAGCACAUGAACGCAGACACCACGCUGUGGAGAAGGAGGCCUGCGCUAUUGUUGAAGCAUGUCGAAAAUGGCAACAUUAUUUAGCAGGACGAAAAUUCACUCUCAUCACCGACCAACAGGCUAUCUCUUUCAUGUUUAGUCAUCAGACCCACGGGAAGAUCAAAAAUAAUAAGAUACAGCGCUGGAGGAUCGAGCUCUCCACCUUGGACUUUGAUAUCAAGUAUCGGCCCGGGCCCGAAAACGUCACAGCCGACUGCCUUUCGCGAGCCUACUGUUCAGCCCUCGCCUAUGGUUACCCUGACCUGGUUGAUAUUCAUGAAAAUCUCUGUCAUCCAGGUGUGGCCAGGUUAUAUCACUUUGUUAGGGUCAGAAACAUGCCUUUCUCCAUCGAUCAAGUCAAGAAAGUAACAGCUGAUUGUGGGGACUGUGCUAGGAUUAAGCCCAAGUUCAUCAGACCUCUAAACCCUCCGCUAAUAGAAGCUACAAAACCACUGGACCGAAUUAGUAUUGAUUUCAAGGGACCCCUCCCAUCGAGCACAAAGAAUAAGUAUAUGCUGGUCAUCAUAGAUGAGUAUAGCCGGUUCCCCUUUGUCUACGCCUGCCCUAACAUGGAAUCUUCUACCAUAAUCAGAUGUUUAUCUAACUUGUUCUCUAUGUUUGGCACGGUAGGAUAUGUACACUCAGACAACGGCCCCUCCUUGAUAAGCAGUGAGCUCCGUAAAUUCUUCCUAGAUCACGGGGUAGGGUUUAGUAAUAGUUCGAAGUACAACCCCCGUGGUAAUAGCCAGGUUGAACGUUACAAUGGCGUCAUAUGGAAGGCUAUUCAGCUAGCACUAUCAAGCAAAAAGUUCCCUCUGACCCAUUGGGAGAUAGUCCUACCCGAGGUACUUCAUGCUCAAAGGACUCUGCUCUGUACGGCCACUAACCAGACUCCCCAUGAACGCCUUUUCUCCUUCCAAAGGAGAUCCGCUUCCGGAAAACCAGUCCCUUCUUGGCUAUUGACUCAAAAAAAAGUGCUGGCCAAGAGGCACGUUCGAAGGUCUAAGUAUGAUCCAUUAUGUGACGAGGUCGAUCUUGUCUCAGUCAACCCCGCAAAUGCUAGAGUCAGGUACCCAGGGGGCCGCGAGGACACUGUUUCGUUGAGGGACUUGGCACCUCUACCUGUCAGCGAAUCUAAUGCCGAAAACUCCACAGGAUCUGCUGUAAAGGAAAUACCCCCAGUUGCAGUGACCCCCUCUGUUACGGUCGCUCCAUCUACUCCCGCUCCCUCUAACCCUCCAACCUCCUCCUGUAUCCCUGAACCGUGUCAUCUCUCCGAACUGCCUGAGCCCAACCCCCGCCGUUCAACUAGGGAAUCUCGUCCUCCUGACCGCUUCCAGGCUGGUUAGACACUUGAUCGUGCUUGAUCACCGCGUGAAUUUCGAGACUUUUCACUAUUGAUGAGACAUUUUAUAUUUGGCAGUUUUAAAGCCUAAAUUAUAAUUUAUGCGUGUGUACGUAAUGGCGCCGUCACUCUGUGGCAGCAACCUGAUUACUAGUUUACGUAACGCGCGGGGACUUUCGCAUAUCUGGAAGCCGUCUCCAUAAACAUUUCUAAUCUAAUUAUCUUAUGAUAUAGCGCAGCCGCGCGGAGACGAUAUUACGUUUAUAUUCGCCGUUUUAUAUCUCAGUUUUAUGAACCGUUUUUUACCGUUUUAUAAUUUAAAUUUUACCCCUGUUUUAUAGUUUUGUGAGAGAUUAAAGUAAUUUUGACUUCAAUAUUGACUUCUAUUAUUUAGCUGGGGAGAAUGUCGUGAGAUUUAUUAUUACUAAUAUGUACUAUUUACAGGAUGUUUAAUAUUUAAUGUAACUCUGUUAACAACUGUCUCAUUUGGUAACUCUCGAC